GGAAUUUUCCCCCAUUAACUUUUCUUUUAUUUUUUCGUUGGUUCGCCUGACUGCGCAAGCGCAUGUGCCGUCGUCCCCGUCGCACACGCAGAGCCGGCCGGUCCCCAAGCCUCCCGGAGGGAUCCCGAAUGGCGACCGCCGCACGGCCCGACCCGAGAGGCCACGACCUCGACGAGCUCGACCUCUACACCAUCCCCAUCCACUCCAGCUGGUUCUCCUGGGACGAGAUCCACGACACGGAGAGGGCCGCCCUCCGGGAGUUCUUCGACGGGAGCUCCAUCUCGAGGACCCCCAAGAUCUACAAGGACUACAGGGACUUCAUCAUCAACCGGUACCGGGAGGACCCGUCGAGGCGGCUCACCUUCACCGACGUCCGGAAGGCCCUCGUCGGCGACGUCUGCCUCCUCCGCAAGGUCUUCCUCUUCCUCGAGAAGUGGGGGCUCAUCAAUUUCGCCGCGCCCCCGGGCCGCGGGGCCGGAGGAGGAGGAGGCGGCGAGGGGGGCGAUGAUGAUGAUGGUGGCGCGAGGCGCGGCACGGUGGUGGUCGAAGACGGGGCGCCGGUCGGGGUCCGGGUCGUGGCGGUACCGAAUUCGGGGAGGCCAGUGAUUUUGCCUCCUCCGGCCGUUGGCAGGUAUGAUGGCGGGAAGGGGUCGAGCGUGGGGCAGUUUAGGUUGCCUUCCCUGGCUUCGUAUUCCGACGUUUUUGCCGGAUUGAUGAAGCAGAAGGGGUUGGUUUGUGGGAGCUGUGGCGGAACUUGUGAGUCUGGAUGCUAUGAAUAUACUAAGCAGGGCGAUUUUAAAAUUUGUGUGAACUGCUACAACAAUGGAAGUUGUGGAGAGAACAAGUCAUUAGAUGAUUUUGAGUUCAAGGAAGGCAAGGGAAGCUCUGCAAGUCAUGCAGCUCUCUGGACCGAGGCAGAAACUCAACUCCUUCUGGAAUCCAUUUCAAAGCAUGGGGAUGACUGGGAUCUAGUGGCACAAAAUGUGAAGACAAAGACUAAACUUGAUUGCAUAUUGAAGCUCAUAGAAUUACCUUUUGGGGAGUUCUUGUUGGGUUAUACCAACAGAAAUGGUAGAGAUCAAAAUGUUGACGGAAAUGCUAACAAUACAUCUCAAGUUCAGUCAGUUACUUCUGAAUUACCAGAUCAAACCAAAACAGAGGAACGAUCUAAUGACCAAAUAGAAGAGAUCGUGCAGAACCAGAUUAACGAUGUUCUCAAUGAGGGUCCUCCUCUUAAAAAGAAGCGUGCAGCUUCCCUCUCUGAUGGUGGUAGUUCUCUCAUGAAACAGGUGUCUCUGAUGUCGGCACUGGUUGGGCCGGAUAUCACUUCUGCUGCUACUGAAUCUGCUGUUUCAGCGAUUUGCAAUGAAACCUUUUGUCCAAGGGAGAUUUUUUAUGGUUCCAUGGGUCAUAUAAGCAAUGGAUCAUCUGUUCCUGCAAUGAACCACCUGGGAAGGGACAUUGAAAAUGGAGAUGCUGAGAUGAACGAUGAGGUCCCACUAGCCGAUGCCCAGGGGCCACUCCCAACAAGAAGUCACAUGCCUUUGCAGGUAAGAGCUGCAACUGCGACCGCUCUUGGAGUAGUUGCUGCUCGUGCCAAAUUGUUGGCGGACCAGGAAGAUAGAGAAAUUGAACAGAAAGUGGCCUCAAUUAUUGAAACACAGAUGAAGAAAGUGCAUGACAAAAUCAAGUAUUUUGAACAUCUCGGACAUAUAAUGGAGAAAGAGUACGCCGAAAUCGAUGACCUUAAAGGGCUGGUCGUGUCGGAGCGGAUUAGCAUUCUACAGAAGGCAUUGAACGCCGGCAUAUCUAGGUGGAGAGAUCACUUCUCCUUGAAACCGCUGACCGGCAGCUGAUGGCUCUGUCACGAGCCAAUUUAAGCUUUGAUGGAAAUGUGUGGGCAGACAAGUAUGAAACUUUUUUGUGUUUCAAGAUGAAGGGCAUUUCCUUUUUAUAUGGUACAUGGCUGUAGUUUAAUCAAUUGGAGGAACGAUGCGCGUUGGUCAUCUCUUUGAGUCAUUUUGUUUUGUUAUCGGCUUAUCUGAUGUAUGCAGGUGCUAUAUAUAUUGCGGGGAACCUCUUAAGAAGCUAAACCAUUGAACUUUAUUCGAUUUAAUAUGUGCUGAAACUAAAUUUUUCGAUGUUGAUCUUCUUUCAGCAGUCUUGCAGUCA